AUUACUUUUGAUAAGCAAUAAUAAUAGUUCUGUUUUGUACCGAUAAAUAUGGAUAACUUGGAACCUCUUGUUAUCGAUAAUGGAUCAGGUAUGGUCAAGGCUGGAUUUGGAGGAGAUGACGCUCCCCGAGCUGUCUUCCCCUCCAUCGUCGGACGUCCCAAAUACAAAGGAACUAUGGUGGGUAUGAGCCAAAAAGAGCUCUUCAUCGGAGACGAAGCUAUGGCCAAACGAGGAGUGCUGGGUCUGAAGUACCCCAUCGAGCACGGUAUUGUUACCAACUGGACCGACAUGGAAGCAAUCUGGCAUCACACCUUCUACAACGAGCUCAGAGUCAGUCCUGACGAAAGGCCUGUCCUGCUCACCGAGGCCCCCCUCAACCCUAAAAUUAACAGAGAGAAGAUGACCCAGAUCAUGUUCGAGACCUUCAACACCCCCGCCAUGUACGUGGCUAUCCAGGCUGUACUGUCUCUGUACUCCUCUGGUAGGACCACUGGUAUCGUGAUGGACGCUGGAGAUGGUGUUUCUCACACAGUCCCUAUCUACGAGGGAUACGCCCUCCCUCACGCUAUUAUGAGGCUCAAUCUGGCUGGUAGAGAUCUGACUGACCAUCUUGUCAAGAUCCUACAGGAGAGUGGCUACAACUUUGUCACCACUGCCGAGAAGGAAAUCGUCAGGGACAUCAAGGAGAAGCUCAGCUACGUUGCUCUGGACUUCGAGGAGGAAAUGGAGCAGUCCAAAACCAACAGCACUCUCGACAAGCCUUAUCAACUCCCAGACGGUCAAAUAAUCACCGUUGGAGAUCAAAGAUUCAGAUGUCCUGAAGCUCUGUUCGACCCCACCGUACUCGGUAUGGAGGCCGGUGGUAUCCACGACAAGACCUAUGAGAGCAUCAUGAAGUGUGAUGUGGACAUCAGGUCUGAACUUUACGCCAACAUCUGUCUCUCCGGUGGAACCACCAUGUUCGAGGGUCUCCAGGAAAGAAUGCAAAAGGAGAUCACCAGACUCGCUCCCGCUGGCAACAAGAUUAAGGUGCUGGCCCCUGCUGAGAGGAAAUACUCUGUAUGGAUAGGAGGAUCUAUUCUGUCCUCUCUGACCACAUUCGAGCAGAUGUGGAUCAGCAAACAAGAGUACGACGAGGUUGGACAGUCAAUUGUACACAGAAAAUGUUUCUAAAUUACUGGACGGACACGAACGAUUUUAAGUCUUAUAGCCACUUUGGCGUUCAUGCUUUUCAAAUUUGUUUAUAUUUUCUUUAGUGAAAUUAGCAUUGCUGUGAUUCUAUGAUA